GCCAACAUUUCGCAGUAACGAUUCCGUGGCUUAGUAGAAGAGUUCACUAUUCGACGACGCAACGUUAUUUUACCUGGUAUACAAGAUGGUUUAUUUGCACAAUGAAACAAGUCGGACUAGUCUGUACGACCGUGUCAAAAAGCUGCUCGUCUCAUAUGAAUGGAGCGAUUGCUGCUUCUCUGUAUCUGGUAAAGAAUUUAAAGCACAUAAAUUAAUUUUGUGCAUCAGCAGUCCUGUUUUUGAGGCCAUGUUCUACGGCCCACUAUCAUCAAGUGACUGCAUAGUUGUACCUGACAUUGAACCAGAUAUUUUUCAACAAUUGUUGAAUUUUAUUUACACUGACAAAGUUGAAUUAAGGUCAAUAGAAGAAGCUCUAGAACUGCUUUAUGCAGCAAAAAAAUACUUGCUCAAUGAAUUGACUGACAUGUGUAUUACAUAUGUUAAAGACCACAUCAGUAUUGACAACAUUAUAACAAUACUUAACUACCCGGAGUACCUGCAAGAUGAUGAUGUGAUACCAACCGCUAGAACAUUGUUCUGUCAACAUGCUGAGUAUUUACUACAAGAAAACAAAACGGAAAUGUCUCCACAUUGCCUCAAAUCGGUUCUUGAAUCUAAUGCACUUAAUGUAAAGGAAAAAGAUCUUAUUAAGCAUAUUUUUGCUUGGACUGCACUAUACUGUAAACAAAAUGAUAUGCCUAUAACACUCAAAGCUAGGCGUGACGUGUUAAUAAAAAAUGACAUAUUUAAAUCCUUGCGAUUUCUAUCAAUGUCUCUGGAAGAACUUGAUGAAGUAGUUUUAGAUGAAAAUAAUAUUCUAGUGCCAUCUGAAAUAGAUCGCCUUAAAGAAGCUAUAAAAGGUACAAAGGUUUUGAAAGAGGAGGAUGAGAUUGGGACGUUGGGAAGUGUUUACUCCGACCGAUACAUUUUGAAAUUGCAGUGGAAACUAUGUCAUCGCAAACCAUUGAAAUCUGUAGCACCUAUUUCUAUAGAUGCCAACAACUUCACUAUAUGCUGUAAGGUAAAAGCAAACAAAUCAGUAUUCAUAACAUCGCUCUGCAUACCAACUAGAAUGGCACCAGUAUUCAAUUUUCGAAAUAACACUGCCAAAGUUUACUCUGAACAAAUCUCCGUCUCUGUAAUUUCAGAAUCUGAUAAUAAAGUUAUUAAGUUUACUAAUUACAUGAACACAGUGGAAUAUGAUUCUAUGAUUAAUAUAGAAUUAUCUGAACCAUGUGUGAUUAAGAAAGACAAGUGGUACAAAAUUGAAUUUGCAUGGCAUCAUAAUAGGUGUCUAUCUUAUCCAUAUGCUGUGCAAUGCAGGGAUAGGUACUUCAAAGAUUACAGGCUUUUGUUUGAGUUUGAAGAUUUAUCAUUGAACUCAGGAAACUGUGGUCUUGGCAGUUAUCUAGCUGGUCUCAAAUAUUGCUUGUAAUAUUAAUAUGAUCUUGAGAUUUCUAUUGCCAAUUUUAAAAGUUAAGGUAAUUUUAAGUUUUAUAUAUAACAUCUGUAACAUGCGUUUUAUCUAAUUGAUACAAAUUAUAAAAAGUUAUAUGAA